GAUGACCCUGUGCGGCUGCCGGACCCCUGUGCCUUGCGAGGAAACGGACACUCGAUUUCGGGGGUGGUUCCUCGAGUUUGCCAACCUGGUUCCCGGGGGUGAACGCGCACCGAGUUCUUGGCCCACGCACGACGCCGCGAAGAGCAAAGAGGAUCUUCAGCGUUUCCUGUUCGAACUGUCAGUUGGACGGCGUCCCUGGGGAUUACCUUGCCUCCCGGUUUUACAUAUUGCCGCAUCCCGAAAAUGUAUGCGGCCUGCAAAACCGAUGCAAUUGCCGGCGCGCAACGCUAGCGCCUUUAAUCUCUUCGCUCGUCGCUAUGCGCCUGGAAUCUUGUAAUUAAUAUUUCCCCGGGCUGCGUCGAACGAGGAGCAAGUGGGAUUAAGCUAAUACCUUCGAUAGGUUUUGUUCGAAUCGAUAAACACCGGCGCUGGGAUAAUACGAAUUCGGUGACGUCGCAGAGGAGAGACUCUAGUUUUUCUACAGUGAACGAUGAACGUUGAACUCUCGCGAAAGAGAGGUGUAAGUGAUACAAACAGGAUAUUCGUCGUCGACUUCGAGAGCAAGCUUUGCUUUGAGUCACGUUCACAUCUCGGCUUCAUCAAUGGGCGUUUCGCAGAUAUCGACCAUCGUCACGACGGUGCAGGCAUCGAUCCUCGAUCAUGUUGACAAGUGCAUCGGAACUAACUUUCAAAGAAGGCCUCACUUGAGGGCCCGAGAUGACCACUUUCUGUCCAUGAAAAAGUACCUCGGAUAUUGCUGAAGACCUCGUCACGGAUCAGAGUAUAGGAAGCCAUAAGUACGAGGCAUAGGGAGCCAUAGGAAGCUAAUCAAGACUUUAGAAAAAGGAGGACGAAGUCUACGAAAGGUGUCCAGCGGGAUACCAUCGAGUCGGUGAAAAGAUUCAGGGCUUCUAUCACCCUCUAAACGUACCAUUAGAGGUGAAUGCCAACCAUGAUCACCGUGGUCAAGGGUACCCCGCAGUCAUGACAGAGUAAACCAUUCGAGGAUCAUCCGAGACCUCGUCCACCAUGUUGAACGUAAUGGCGGCGGUGACGACGAGCCUGCCCAACCGAGUGGACCCAACUCCGACUACCUCGAGCAACACCAGCAGCCCCUCCAGCACAGCCGCCAACAACGUGACGUCUGUGCCGGUGGAGAAUCCCACGGUCGAGAACCUUCCUGAGAACGUGAACGUGUUCGUGGUGGUGAUCAAGGGCAUAAUCAUGGGUAGCAUAAUCACGACGGCAAUGCUAGGAAACGCGUUGGUGAUCGCCAGCGUCAGGAGACACAGAAGGCUACGGGUGGUGACGAACUGUUACGUAGUCAGUCUGGCGGCCGCUGAUCUGCUAGUGGCUAUGUGCGCGAUGACGUUCAACGCGUCAGCCGAAUUGUCUGGGGGCAAGUGGUUGUUCGGACGGUUCAUGUGCGACGUCUGGAACUCCCUUGACGUAUAUUUCUCCACAGCCUCUAUCCUUCAUCUGUGCUGCAUCAGCGUGGACAGGUACUACGCCAUCGUCAGCCCUCUGGAGUAUACCGUCAUCAUGAGACAGGGCACCGUCGGCUGCAUGCUGGGCAGCGCAUGGACUCUGCCGGCUUUCAUCAGCUUCAUACCGAUAUUCAUGGGCUGGUACACCACGCAAGAACACUUGGAGUACAUGGUCAAGAAUCCGGAGGUUUGCUCGUUUGUGGUGAACCGACCGUACGCGGUGAUCAGCUCCUGCGUGUCCUUCUGGAUCCCCGGCCUGGUGAUGAUAGUGAUGUACUAUAAGAUCUACAAGGAGGCCGUCAGGCAAAGGAAGGCGCUCAGCAGGACGUCCAGUAAUAUAGUUCUGAAUAGUGUCCACCAUCACAGGUCGUCAACCAGGCAACACCAUCACCAGCAGAUGCUACUCCAAGCGGCGGCUGAGACUGGUACAUCGAUACGACAGCAAACGAAAAGCUGGAGGGCCGAGCACAAAGCUGCGAGGACGCUCGGAAUAAUAAUGGGCGCGUUUCUCCUCUGUUGGCUGCCAUUUUUCCUUUGGUAUCUGACAACGUCCCUCUGCGGCGAAGCCUGCUACUGUCCAGACACGGUGGUGUCCGUCCUCUUCUGGAUAGGCUACUUCAACAGCGCCCUGAACCCUCUGAUCUACGCGUACUUCAACCGCGAUUUCCGCGAGGCGUUCAAGGACACCCUGAAGAGCGCCCUCCCCUGCUGCGCGAGCUGCUGGAAGACGCCGUCGCAGUUCGUCUAGCGAGAGAAGCCCCCGUGAACAGUCGCACCGAACACGCCAUAGCUUGAGCGAAUUUGUUAUCGACUCGUCGACCGAACAUUUAUCCGCCUUCUUGGACCGGGAGAACGCAUCGAGUCUGCAUGUUCCCUCUUGAAUCGUGCGUCGUCGUCGAGUUCGGUCGAAAGGAAACUUCGACUUCGAGUUUCUUUACACUCGGCGUGAAGAAUAUCGAGCGGGUUCCUCUUCUGGUUUCUUAAGCGAUCUAAACGCUUUAGAUCGCGACUUUUCCCACCGGUAGUCGUUCCAGGAUAAAAAAAAAGAACCGAAAGUGUGGGAGAAGUGGUGGAGGACCCUGCUCGAUGACCUUGGGCGGCCAAUUAAGUUUGACGCGACUCGAUGAACCUUUUCGGCGCGACGACAAUGUAGCGUGCUUCGUUAGCGAACGGAGUUGAUUCGAGUAAACUUAAUUUGCCGUUAGGGGGAAAUGCAGAGGCAGUCGGUGAGGGAUCUUUUCGUUAAUCGUUCGGCAAAAUAUGGUAGAUGAAUACUAUAGAACAGUUGAACGACGCCUGAUUCCCAAGAUGUAAUGGAGUUAACUGCAUAAAGGAGGUGAAGAUUGCGAAAAGGAUUGCGUACUCGACGAUGUGGUAAGGUUCGUUUCAUAAGUAUUCUUACGCAAGGGCAUUUGAUACUUUGUCAGGAUCGCUGGGUAAACGAUCGGGAAUGAAAUGCAAUAAAGAAUGGAUAAGUGCAUGAAAAGCGAGACCCAAAUAUUGCAGUUAUCCAGUCGAGGUUUCUAUGUCUAUGGAAGAAACUUGUUUAAAUUAAAUGGUAGGUUUGAUGUUUCCAAAAGUAUAUUUGUAUAAAUAUGUUGAUGUAUAUAUCAAUAUCUACACGUAUAAGCUUGUUCAUAUAUAUAUAUAUAUAUAUAUAUAUAUAUAUAUAUAUAUAUAUAUAUUUACAACGAGACAUUCAUUUGAUAAUAUCAAAACUAUUAUUCUAUUUAGUCAAACUUCUUCGAUAGACAUAGAGGGUACGUACAUUUAUGGAAUCGACUGUAAGUGCGAGCAGAAAUGAAACUGUACUCGCAUUUGUGUACGUAUGCGUCGAUUAGGUUGCUCGCGGGGUGUUGAAAGAGACUGUUUUUAUCGGGGAUGGUCAGGUGGCUCGACGGUUUCGAGGAGCAAAACGGUUUCCAAUUACUCGUUUCGCGGGAUUCUUAAUAUGAAAGGAUGAAAGAUGCAUCUGGCAUUGAUUUCGUCUCCUUUUUGCGUAGAAGGAUAGCGCACCCAAUUAACUUACGGUUGCCUGCAGCAUCUCGCGAUAGUUCGCGUCGAUGGAAAUUAAUAAACAGCUCGUUGAUUUCUUCGAUUGGUUUACCGCGAUGGAGAAAUUUGAUGUAAGGGUUAAUUAUGUAAACAUCGCUCGGAGAUAAAUAUCGUAACAGAAUCCUGUCUGCAGACGAUGGAAUUUAUCUUCCAUCGAAGGAAUGGCGUCGAACUGGAAUUAAUUUCUGUCGUUUUGCAAGUGCAACUGCAUUUGAGACUGAUUUUAUGCAUUUCUGGACUCGAAUCAAGUCUCUUCCUAGUUAAGAUCAGUUUCCCUGGCCGACCGGCUCCCGAUCGGAUGCCACGUUGAAUUUCCAAACUGCUAAUCGCCAGAGCGAGACGAGGUCGAAAGGAAACUUCGACUUCGAGUUGCUUUACACCCGGCGUGAAGAAUAUCGAGCGGGUUUCUCUUCUGGUUUCUUAAGCGACGACACUCGCGAAAUUCUCUGAUCUUCUCAGGAGAUUUCACAGUCGUGAGAAGAAUCUUCUCUUGGGACCGGGUUUUCAUUAAGUAGCAAUUCAUUAGGUGAAUCGGAGCUUGCUUUUACAGGAGGAUAAGUGUUGGAAUCGACGCUCCAGGGACUCUCUUAUGACGGAGGUUGGAUACUCGAGCGUAGAGAUCGAGAAGCUUGCGAAAUUCUUAAUCGAGGAGUUAUUUUCUUUUUUUUAAGGAACCACUCCCAUUGCCACGAGUCAGCGCGACCCGUCGCGGUAACGUAAUUUAACGUGUAAAUAUUCAUGCAUCCUGAAGGCAAACUUCAUUUCCUGGGCGCAGUUGUCGCUUGUCACGCGUCGAAAACAACGCGACGAGUUUCACGCACGGUCGGGAUUUAGUAGACGAGUUCGCUGGAAGACAGGGAUUAGGAAUGAAAUUUCGGGUCUCGGUGUGACGACUGACGACAGUGGCUGUCGACAACCGGAAACGGGGGAAAACCAAAAAAAAGAAAAAACUGUAAGUACUAUUUUAACGUAUUUCGUCGGCACGCAACGAAAUUGCAAAGUUCGACGAAGAGACACAUGCUGGAAAAGGCGCGUACCUCGACGAGCGACGAGCUUCGAGGACGUUUUAGUUAGAGCCAGAUUUCGGGGUGCUGUUUGGCCGCCAGUUGGUGCUUUUCACUUCCUUCGUUUGGUCGUUUCUUUUAUCGUAACAAUUUCACUGAAAAUGAAUUAUUUAUCGGCUGUCAAUGGACGAUAUAUAAAGUACUAGAACUAGUAAUUUGAUUGAUUCGUGCAAAGAAAUCGAUGAGCUUUAGCGUUAAAAGAAAAAAAGAAGCAGAACAGUGGCAGCGAAUCAGCGCUCGGAAUCCUCGAGUACGCGUUGACUUUGUAAAUACGUUGUCAACCAUAAACGUAGGAUGAGGGCAAACAGUGCUACCUAGGUGUAAUUAGAGAACAACAAAGCUGUAUUAUCUGUAACGCAAUACUUAUUAACAAUGAGAUUGUUAACGAGAGAAGAGAGCCGGGCUGCGAAACGAAGACAUUCAUGAACCGAGUCGCAAUUGUUGCCAGAUUACCCCCUCGGCUAUGAGAUCGCUUUUAUAGUCACUUGGGUGAACGUUUGCCAAAGAAGGUUCUCAAUUUUCAUGCGUGGGCGGAGCAACCUAACGCCGAAGUAACUUUUAAUAGACUAAACUUUGCGGACAAAACUUUCAGACAAUUUUUUAUCCUGUAUUUUAUUAUUCUACUUUCAGCUUAGCCCCAAUCAUCCCUAAUCUUGAUGUACACGUCGGUAAAACUGUACGACACUCUCUUCCUACGAUCUCCUAGCAGCUACACUCAUUCCUUAUUCUAUUAAUCCCAUAGCAAUUUCCUCGGGAACAUCAUUUCUAUAUCUAAUCGAGCCCAGAAAGAUUGUCCACCUGAGCUCCAGCGUUAGGUGCCUCAUCCUAGGCGCGAGAUAAGAAGAUAAGACAGCGAUUCGCUGCCGUGGAACAUUUAACCCUUUGUACUCGCGAGGUGACUCUCGAUCACCGGUAGGUUUGACGGAAAAUCGAACAACAGUAAUGUUUGAUUUGGGUUUAAUUUCUUUGGAACUCGAAGUGUCGAUAAAAUGAUUCUCGGCGAGGUAAAGGUGACCUGAUUAAGCUUAACAAUCGUGGUAAUAGAAUACUAAAACGCCUCAUACACGAUACGAUCUGUCGUAUGACUUGUUGUGCGACUUGUCGGCAGAAGCGUAUCGGUGAGACAAUAGUACUUACAUAGUCUCAUUGAUAUCUCGGUUAAGGCAAUGCAACUCUCAUUCAAACGGUCGAAAGAACUCGUCGAAGCGAUGUGUCGUACGACAAGUUAUACGACAAGUUGUACGAUAGAUCUUAUCUUGUAUGGGACGUUUACGACGGCGUCGUACGAAAAAAACACGCCACAGACAAUGCGACUCUCCUUCAAACGGUCGAAGGGACUCGUCAAAGCCAUUUGUCGUACUACUUGUCGUACGACAGAUCGUAUGGUGUAUGGGUGCUUUAAGAAACCAUUUCGAGUCGCUGGUAGAUACCAGAAAGAAAGUCCCCGAGUACAAAGGGUUAACCGUGUGAUCGGGAGGUGGUAGAAACACUUGGACGUGGUGUUGGUCGAACCUGCGACAUUUUGUUCACAGUGAACGACAAAGCUUUCCCUUCGUCGUCCACGCUUCGGCUCAGCCCGCGCGUCUCAUCUCAGGCGGUAGAGACUCGACUUUUUCUAGAGGACUUGCGAACGCUUUACUUUCAUUCGUACGGCCUAUUGUACGCGUCUAGACUGUAUAAAUGUAACAUAGCAAUAAUUAUUCGAGGACUGUACAUACAUUGACGACGAACAACAGUAUGCGAGCGAGAGUGUGUAUGUGGACGUGUGCGACCGUCGUUUUUGUAAGUGACCGAUAUCGAUCGUGUAGCGUGCGUGUUCCGUGUUGCUUAAAAGUGUACACAAGACCCCCUCCACCUCAAGUGACGUAAUUAUUGUCAUUUAGCCCAGCAGAUUUCACGUAGAAUUCCCAGAUGUAGAAAUUGUUUGGAUGGAAACAGCUGGACUGUUCGAAAGUCAGUGACUGCUAGUUCGAGCGAGAAUUAACCCUGCUCGAGAACUUUUUUAAUUAAUUAACCACGCAUAGCAACGUUUACGGAUAUAGACAAAUGAACGAGGCCUGAUACACAGUUUUGCAUUUUACUCCGACAGCGUGACAUUGCGAGAACGGAAUUAGGAAAUUAUCAUUAAGUGAGAAUAUUGUAAAUAAAUAUCGAAGAAAUA